AUGAAACCUUCCCAAGAAUCAAAAAUGGUAGAAUAAAAUAUGAAAAAUUCUGUUAUAUCCAUGAAAUAGAAUCCAUAAUCUUAACAAAAUAAUCAAUCAUCUUAAAGAUUCCAAACAACAAGACCAGACCUUUGUCAAAACAAUUUCAACGUUUAGAGUUAAAACUUCGGAUACUAACAUUCGUUGGGACCAAAAUAUUCUUAAUAAUUACCCUAAACAGCUAUUUCUUAGGAAAUAUUUGAUGAUGAUGAUUAAGUUCAAACAAAUUUGGUCUAGGCAAAGCCGAAUAUGUAUGACCUAGAAAAAGAACUAAUUUUUGAAAUCAAGACAUUAUAGAAGAUGAUUAAAUUAUCUAAAAUCUCAACUUAAUAGUUGCCUGGAAUCAUUAGUAUAAAAACAAAAGAUCAAUUAAAUGACUAAGACCUAAAUAGAGUUGGAGUAGAUUUGAUUUGUUUGAUCGAUAAAAGCUCAAGUAUGAAUGGGAGUAAGAUAGAGACUGUAAAAUAAAGUUUGAAAGUUCUAUUAACAUUUUUAUCAAAUCAAGACCGUUUAUAACUAAUUAUUUUUAAUACCCAUGCCAAAAGAUUAACUCCAUUGAAAAGAAUAACAGAAGAUAACAAAUUGUACUUUACAUAAAUGAUUGAUUAAAUUAAGUCUGACGGAGGCACAUAAAUAUCCUCAGCAACCUAGAUUGCUAUAAGCUAGUUAAAGGGCAGGAAGUAUAGAAAUAAUGUGAGCUCUGUCUUUUUACUUUCUGAUGGCUAAGACAAUGAUGCCACCUAAUAAAUAUCAAGAUGA